AUGGACUCGCUUUCGCCGUUGGUCCAAACUUGGCUCCAGUGGGACCAGGAUCCCACAACCCGUGCGGAAAUAGUCCACCUACGGGAUACCAAUGCCCUCAAUGAGUUGGAGCGGCGCCUGCGAAAUCGUAUCGAGUUUGGCACCGCUGGUUUGCGCGGCCGCAUGGCAGCCGGGUUUUCUUGUAUGAACUCGUUGACGAUCAUCCAGGCAUCGCAGGGACUGGCCAGGUUCAUCCGAGAUAAACGCCCAGAGAUCGCUUCGCACGGGGUGGUUAUUGGGCACGAUGCUCGUCAUAACUCGGCGCGGUUUGCCCGCCUCGCCGCCAACGCAUUCAUCGCCCAGCAAAUUCCCGUUUGGUACUUUGAUGAGCCAUCGCCGACUCCGCUGGUCCCAUUUGGCGUGAACCAUUUCCAUGCUGCUGCGGGAAUCAUGGUGACUGCGAGCCAUAACCCGCCUCAAGAUAAUGGUUACAAAGUCUAUUCCAGCAACGGCGCCCAAAUCAAUCGACCCGAAGACGGGGAGAUAGCGCAGUCGAUCCAAGAAAACCUAGAGCCCUGGUCAACCGCCUGGGAAGACCUGCAGUCCGGCGAAUAUUUGCAUGCCAAUUCAUAUCGAGAGCUUCUGCCACACUACCAAUCUCAAGUCGCAAAGUUUACGAAGUCAACUGUAGCGCAGUGGCAGCAUCCCAGACCGUAUGUAUAUACACCGCUUCAUGGUGUCGGAGGCCUGGUCUUUCCCUCGCUCUGCCACUCAUUGGAGAUCGAAGACUUCACCUCUGUCCCCGCCCAAGAAAAGCCAGAUCCCGAGUUUCCUACUGUGAAAUUCCCCAAUCCAGAAGAAGCUGGGGCUUUGGAUCUAGCAGUUCAGGCAGCAGAUCAGCAAGGAAAGACCUUGAUCAUUGCCAACGACCCAGAUGCGGAUCGAUUCGCUGUGGCAGAAAAAGUCGAGGGAGAGUGGUUUCUGUUAACUGGAAACCAUGUCGGCGUCCUUCUGGCGUCCCAUCUCUUUGAUUCCCUCGAUCCCAGCGCAGACUGCUCCAGUAAUGCGGUGCUGACCACGACUGUGUCAAGCGGCAUGCUGGGCAAGAUGGCAGCUGCCAAGGGUAUUCACUAUACAGAGACCCUAACGGGCUUCAAGUGGAUGGCCAAUGUUGCGCGAGAACUUGAAAAAAACGGGAAGACUGUCCCUUUUGCGUACGAGGAGGCUCUCGGGUACAUGUUCUCCCCGGUUUGCUACGACAAGGAUGGCAUUACGGCUGCGGCUGUGUUUCUUGCAGCUGAGGCGAAAUGGAGAGCACAGGGAUUGACAGUCUUUGCCAAACUCCAGCAGCUGUUUACUGAGUUCGGCCACCACGAAACUUUGAACAACUACUUCCGCUCCCCGAGCCCCCAGCUCACCCUAGAACUGUUCCGUGGGAUCAGGGGCGGUUCUUGUCUCGCCGAGAAACAGUUUGGCAGCUUCAAGGUCUUGCGGUGGAGAGACUUGACUGAGGGCUAUGACUCUGGGACCCCGACCAACAAGCCCGACUUGCCCGAAGACCCGACCAGCCAAAUGCUCACACUGUGGCUGGACGGCGGGGUGCGUUUUACCAUCCGAGGCUCGGGAACUGAGCCAAAGGUCAAGUUCUACAUUGAGAGCUGCGGGGCAUCCCGCGAAGACGCCAUCAAGGCAGUUUGCGAUACUUUCCUGACUAUUUCGAAGGAAUGGGUUCAGCGCUAUACCCCGUCAAUGUCCUGCAGUGACAGACUCCCUACUUCGUCGGGUCACGUUCUUGAUGUUCAAUGA